GUUGUGGUGCUGAGACCAUGGCGGGAAAACAUGUCUUCGGAUCGCGUCUUGUCGACAAGAACUCACCUACUCCUUAUUCGGACGCAACGCAGACAAAAAAGAAUAAUCCGAACCAUAUCAAGAGGCCUAUGAAUGCGUUCAUGGUUUGGAGCCAAAUUGAAAGGAGAAAGAUUUGCGAAAAACAACCUGACAUGCACAACGCAGAAAUUUCUAAACACUUAGGGAGGGUUUGGAAGACGCUUCUAGAGGAAGACAGACAGCCUUUCAUUGACGAAGCAGAGCGACUUAGAGUAAUGCACCUCCAGCAAUACCCCGACUAUAAAUACCGCCCGAGGAAAAAAGUCAACAAAGGUGGCUCACCAGGAGGUCGAGCAAAGAGGGGGAAGAAGGAUACCAAUAACAACAGUAAACCCGGAGUGAGUGGAAAGACCAAGAAGUGCCAGAAUGUGCCUCAUAGCCCUGCCUUCGACACCCCAUCUUCUCCAGAAGCUACGAUGUACGAAGAACCCAAAAGAAUUAAGACUUUAGAGCCAAGGGUUCGUCCAGUGACAGUGAAAGUAGAAGAAGAUACAACAGAAUUUAUUGAUCCCAAUCCGUCGGUGGCUGACCUGGAGUCACUCACAGAUCUCCUACUCAUGCCUCCGGACUUUUCCAUGGACUUUGACCCCUUCCCAACUGAUAUUGACGCCAACGCGCUGGAGCUCUUCGAGAACAGCACAUGGCAGCUUCAGUAACUGUCCUCAGUAUUCCUUUAUUUCUCAGUUGUCAUACCGGCGCCAUAUUUAAAAAGGCCGGAUUGAACAUUUGUGAGUUGUGGUAAACAUGUUAAAAUUGUUUGCCUUUGUAUAAGUUGAGUGAUUUAAAGCAUUUUUUCGUUUUUAUAUGAUUCAAUUUUCUAUGUAUGUACUUAUAUUUGUUAUAAACUUUUUGUCUGUGUUAAUUGUAAUAUUACUACUCUCAUUUUUAUGUUUGAUAAUUUUCUAUUUGUAUAAAUGUGUAUUUAGUUUAAGAUAGAGUAGUAAAUUUGCUAGAAUGCCGAUUGUCGUGGUAUCCUGUUUGUUUAUAAUUGAAGAUUAGAUAGUUUUUUAUUGAGAGAAGCAUGAUUUUAUGAAGACUCAAAAUUGAAUGUAAAUAGUAAAUUUCACGGUUCUGUAAAUAUACUCGCGGCUGUUGACUGUCUUCGUUGUGAUAUUUAAUCACCAUAUCUGUGAAUCAGAGUUUUAAUACUUUACUGGUAAAUGUUUUUAAAAAAAAUCUGAUGGCUAAAUACAAUCAUAUCAUACAUAUUGAUAUUCUUAUAGCCAGAAAUGAAAAAGCAAAACAAAUUAGUUGUAUGAUUUUUUUGGAAUUUCUAAUACACAUUAUUGUUUUUUUACCAGCAUCCAUUUAUUUUUAUUUUUUCAUAGCCCUUGUUUUAUCCCUGG